UUGAGAUACACUCACUUGUCCGUCAGAGCACCUUGCAUCAUGCUUUCUCCUCUACUACUUCUCUCCUCUCUCUCCUUUUCACUUGCUUUUCUGUCAGAUUCUUUAGGUUCAGACAUGUGUCCAUUGGGUCAGUUUCCGUGUGGGAAUCUGUCGGUGUGUUUGCCUCAACCACAGCACUGCAAUGGGCAGCAGGACUGUCCUAAUGGAGCAGAUGAGGAGAACUGUGUGGAUAACAGUGGUUGGCCCCAUCUGUUUGAUGCCUUCAUGAAAACAAGAGUACAGGAGUCAAAAGAAUGCAUGUUAGAUGUCUAUCCAGAUGCGUGUCAUUGUGAGGGUCGGAAGGUGAACUGUAAUGGCAAAAGUCUCCUCCAUGUCCCUGUUGUGUCCUCUAAUGUAACAGCACUAGAGCUGAACAGUAACAGGAUUGAAUCUCUCUCUCGUGAUCUGUUCAUUCGCUAUCGACACCUGGAGAGACUACACUUGGAAAGUAACAGUAUAGAAAUCAUCUCCAAGAGGGCAUUUUCAGGACUUUUCUCUUUGCGUAAACUUUUUUUGAGUCAGAAUAAGAUUUCGUCUCUCAAAGCAGGAAUAUUUAGUGACCUCAGCAGUCUGGAGUGGCUGAUUCUGGAUGAGAAUCAAAUAUCAUCUAUGCGACAGAAGUAUUUUGAAGGCCUGAGAUCUUUAUUUUUCCUAUCUUUGUUGAACAACUCUGUUGAACAGUUUCCUAAAACCUCUAUAUGCCUUGAGAUGCCUCACCUCAACUGGCUGGAAAUGGAGGGGAAUAGAAUUUCAUCUCUCUGGGCAUUAAGUUUUAAAAACUGCUCCUCUCUCACCGUCUUAGCAUUGAGGAGAAACCACAUCACCACCAUUGAAGAUGGAACAUUUGCAGAUAUGCAUAAAUUGAUAGAUCUAGAUGUGUCUGUGAACCAGAUUAAAGACCUGCCUCCAUCUCUGUUCCAGAGCCUGCAGAACCUUAAACAGCUAAAUAUCUCCAACAAUCCUCUCACACACAUAUACAGCAAUCAAUUUGACAGUUUGGUGAAUCUACAGUCACUGAGUAUGGAAGAGGUGGAGAUUCCCAACAUCAGCAUCAGGAUUUUCCGGCCCUUGACCAACCUCACUCACAUUUAUUUUAAGCGUUUUGAAUUCUGUGGAUAUUCUCCCAACGUGCGGAGCUGCAAGCCAAACACAGAUGGAAUCUCAUCCUUUGAGAAUCUGCUAGCAAACAUCAUCCUACGCGUGUUUGUCUGGGUUGUUGCCUUAAUCAUUUGCUUCGGAAACAUCUUCGUCAUCUUUCUGCGGUCCUGCAUCACCUCAGAGAAUCAACAUCACACAAUGGCCAUCAAAUCUUUAUGCUGUGCAGACUGCCUGAUGGGCGUGUACCUUCUUUUCAUCGGUGCAUUUGACAUCAAGUACUGCGGCGAGUACAACCGGCAUGCUCAAAUAUGGAUGGAGAGCAUGUCCUGCCAGCUGAUUGGCUCUCUGGCCAUGCUGUCCACAGAGGUAUCCGUCAUGAUGUUGACCUACAUGACUCUUGAGAAAUACCUGUGUAUCGUCUUCCCAUUCCAGCAUUACCGGGCCGGACGCAAACAGACACUCUGCUCCCUGACCUUCAUCUGGCUGCUGGGAUUUGUCAUCGCUGUAAUUCCAUUCUGGGAUAAACACACAUUUGGGAAUUUUUAUGGCCGGAACGGAGUGUGUUUCCCUCUUCACUCCGACCAGACAGAGAAACUUGGUGCCAGAUGCUAUUCUACAGCCAUCUUUCUUGGUCUAAAUCUGCUGGCCUUUGUGGUGAUUGUAUUCUCCUAUUCCAGUAUGUUUUAUUCUGUCCAGAAGACAGCAAAGACGGCACGUCAAACCGUACUUGAUAGAGAAGUCUCCAUUGCGAAGCGAUUUUUCUUCAUUGUGUUCACUAAUGCAAUGUGCUGGAUCCCCAUCUUCCUCUUGAAGAUCCUCUCACUGCUAAGAGUACAGAUCGCAGGUACCAUUAUUCUGUGGGUGGUUAUAUUUAUCCUCCCUAUAAACAGCGCACUGAACCCAAUCCUGUACACCAUCACAACUAGCGCCUUUCAACAGAGACUCAAACAGUGUCUGAAAUAUCGUUGUCAACAGACAAACUGAUAUACACACACUCUAUGCAUAUGCAUACAUGCACACAAAUUGAGAUUAAUCAGAAUAAAAAGUUAACAGAUGAUGGAAUAAUGACUAGAAUCACACUCAAGUCAUACACACAGCUACAAGAUGCUCUCAUACUAAGUAGGCUUAUAUCAGCAUGCAGGGUGAAGUGCAAAAUGAGGGCAUUUUAGACACACUCACGGUUAUUAACCAGCAGGCCUACGUAUAUAAUAUUUGAUUAUGUAAUUAAUACUGUAUGUACAAUCAUGUCUUACUGUAUAUGAAAACAAACUGUGUACACACAAACCUGAGAAACUUCAAGCGCAAUCUACACCCGGAGCAGCGUGUCUGGACAGAGUUGAAUCCAAACUCUGUGGCUGUCUGAGCAGCGAGCAGCGAACGUUUUGGGAUGGACCCCGUGGGAAGAGGAUUGGACUACUUCAGACAGAUUUAAAUGUGUUUUGUUUGGUUGCGUGGAUGUGCUUGGAACAGAGGCAGAGAUGGCAGCUGCAUAAAAGUGUGAGCUGAUCAUUUAUAAAACACUACAUUCAUUUAUUUGCUUUCAUUUGUCAGAUGUCUACAAUGAAUGUACAAUAUAAAUAACUGAAUUGAAU